AUGCCCUCCCCCCUAACAACGACCCUAAUCCAAUCCACCCUCCUCAACGCCCUCUCCAACAUCCUCGCCCAAAUCAUCGCCCAGCAUAAAAAAGACGGCCCGUUCACACUCAACACCCUGGCCCUCCUCCAGUUCCUCACCUACGCCAUUAUCAUCGUCCCCAUUAACUUCUCCUGGCAGAAGUAUCUGGAGGCGAGAUGGCCAGGGUUUCCUGGGAGGAAGGGCAGGAGUACGCCUACUGCUGUUGCUGGCGCCGAGGCGAAGACUGGCGCUGUGGUGGUGACGGUUGAGUCGGCGGAUCUGCUCCCUGUUAAGGAGAAGGUGGAGGAGAAGCAGCGGGUAUCUGCAGCACGACCACGACCACGAUCACGAUGGCGCUGGCGCUCGCGGUCGCGGUUGCGGUCGCGCUCCGGACUGGGCAAUUUCCUAAUGAAGUUCGUCCUCGAUCAGACGGUUGGGUCGGUGAUGAACAUCCUCUUGUUUAUUGUUUUGAUUAAUGUGCUCAAGGGGGUGGGGUGGAGCAGGAUUGGAGAGUUGAUCUAUGAGGUACGCUUGGUCCAUUUCGUUAUAGGUCCUUUUCAUGGAGAAAAAAUGGUGAUUGAAGUAAUGAGGGUAGGACUUUGGGCCGAUCAUGGUUGCGCGGCUUAA